ACGGCAAGCAGUUUGCAUCGAGCGGCGAGCGAUGCAAGUUCAGUUCAAUUUUUAAAGCGAUAAACCGACAGACGGGCUUUUUUAUGUAAAUAUUCUUCUCCAUUAAAGUGUUUGUGUUGUGCGCGCAGAAUUUCAAUAAGCAAAUUAUUGCUGUUUCAAAUAAUAAAAAGUAAAUUACGUUUAGACGAAGCCAAAUAAGCGUUAAUCACGUGUGGUACCCACAUUUUGGUUGACCAUAUUUUACUAUAUGGAUGUGCGCUGAGGGUACUAAGGAGAGAAAAAAUUUUAGAAUUUUUACAAAAAUAAAGAAAACUAAAUAUGAUUGAACGUGAAGUUAUACACACAAACAAAGUAUCAAAACGCAUCAUGGACGUUGUACAGGAUCUGUCCGAGUUCUUUGUGGUAUUUGUUAAAAUACUUAUAGAAUUACUGCAACGAUUUUUCGAAAAGAUGAUGACCAAAAAAUUUAAAGAUAUCAGCGGCGAAAUUAUUUUGAUAACAGGCGCCGGACAUGGCAUUGGGCGUGAAUUGGCCUUACAUUAUACUGCUUGGGGCAGUGUUGUUGUUUGUGUUGAUAUCAAUGAGAAGAACAAUGAGGAGACUUUGAAGAAAGCUAAGCGUCUUAUGCAAAAUUCCGUUUAUGCUUAUACCUGCGACGUUUCAGAUCGCGAGGCUGUUUUGCAGCUUGCCGCCAAAGUAGAGGCUGAAGUUGGGCGCGUAUCUGUGCUGGUAAACAAUGUCGGUAUCAUGCCCACACAUCCGUUGGAGCAACAUACGCCAGAGGAGAUAAGACGCGUAUUCGAUAUAAAUGUUUUAUCACAUUUCUGGACACUUGAAGCAUUUUUGCCGCAAAUGAAGCAACAGUAUCGGGGACAUAUAAUAUGUAUUUCUUCAAUAGCCGGCGUGGUGGGGCUGACCAAUUUGGUACCAUAUUGUGCUACAAAGUUCGCUGUACGCGGUAUGAUGGAGGCGCUGCAUCAAGAAUUACGCGAUGGACCGUACAAAGAUUUUAUCAAACUCACUCUUAUUUACCCUUAUAUGACAAAUACUGGUCUCUGCAAACGACCGAAAGUCAAGUUUCCUUCAAUGCUCGGUCUUCUAGAUCCUAAGGAGGUUGCUAAGAAAAUUGUUGAAGCGCAUCGCGCCAAUGUCACCGAGACUACAAUACCCAGCAGUCUGUUGCAUAUCAACAAUUGGUGCCGUUUAUUACCCAUACGUUGUAGCCUGUUGUUGAAGGAUUAUAUAGACAGUGGUGUAGAGUCAGAUUUGUGAGAGCGCGUGAUCUAUAUAAUUGUUUAUUGUUUCUAAGAAAUUUGAUAUGUUUCCGAAUUCGGUUUGGUUUUUACAUUAUAUUAUUUGUUAAUUGGGGAAGAACUUUUGAAAGAGAUUAA